UUGACAGCGACGUUUUAUCACGACAGCUGCGAUUUGUUUGUUGCGCAAUAAAAUAAUUCACCCGAGCAGUACACAAACAAUAGUAACAACCACCAAGAAAUACACAUAAAUCCUCAGUUCAUUUAAAAAAUGGCAAGCAACUCAUUUAUGGACAAGAUCAAGUCAUUUUUUGGAUUACGACAAGAGCCACCCCGAAAUGAUUUCCGAAAUCCAAUAUGGGGCAACGACGACGACGACGUAGAUGAACUUUACUCGUACUCGCAGCAUCAGAUGCAGCCCUACGUCGACCCAGCCGAAAUGCAGAAGUUUGUUGCUAAACAAAUGCAAGACAUGUUCAAAUCGUUUGGCUCAAUGUUUGGUGACAUGAAAGUUUUCUUCCACGACGAUCAAUACGACGCGUUCGCCGGCUUCGCGGACAUUCCUGAGGCAGACAACGACAGCAACAACAUCAGAGACUAUUAUUUGAAACCUGGUUACCAAAAUCGUAAACAAGAGCACCAUGAAGAUAUUGAUUUGGAUGGUAAACUAUCAUCCCAUGAUAUAUCAGGCUUAUUAAAACAAAAAGAGAAUGGCCAUAAAUCAAUCACACCAUUCAACGGAGACUUGGUCCCUGGCAGGAGCUUUUGUCAAACAAUCAUCACAACAAGUGUCACCAAGCCGGAUGGAAGUAUUGAAACCAGGCGAAUCAUCAAAAAUGGCAAUGAGGUUGUGGAAGAGACCACAACUACACCAGGCCCUGGCCCUAGAGGCCCAUUCAACUCAAACAUGGACCCGAUUACUUCUACAAAUUUCAUUUACAACAACAUCAUGUCAGAGUUUUCAUCGUUGUUUCGGAACUUCUAUUAAAAGAUAUCCUGAAACAACUUAAUACAUGAUGGGCAUAAUUAACCUCAUUUUAGUCUAUAAUUUAAACGUCAUAUUUAAAAUUUCAUAUGUAGGUACAUAAGUCCUCAUUAUAAUAUUUAUCUCUAUCAUAAAAAUAUGAAAAAACAUUAAUAGGUAUGUACUUGAGUUUGAGACUUUAGAACUUAGAAUUUGCUCAUUGCAUUCGGCUAGGAAAUAAGUGAUAGAUUAUAAUUGGUGUAUUUUCAAAUACUAUAUCCAUUGUAUCCUGUUGUGGUUUCUUUAAAUAAAGGUAUUGCAAUUCAA